AUGAAAUCAUAGAUUGUUUGUAAUACCCCCCUUCAACGUUGAAAAUAUCCAUAAAUGGAUAUUUUAAACACCCUAAAAGGAAAGCUUUUUAAGCUUUAAUACCCACCCAUCUUGGCAACCAUUUUCUUUUCUCUUUUCUUUUCCUAUUAUCCACCAUGACUUCCGAAGAUUUUGAAAGUACCAAGCCAUUUGAACCUAAGCACAAUGAUAUCGAGGAGCAAAUUCAAAAGGACGAUGAAGUCAAGUUGAUGCGCUCAUUUAGCCAAAUAAUCGAUCAAAGUACUUCACCUGAACAUAUUAUUGGUGGUAAACAAAAAAAGAGAGAGAUAAUAAAUGGUGUAUCUUAUAUAUAUUUUAUUAGAGGGUGGUAUCCAUGAUACAAGCACAAAGGUGCCAACGCAUUGGUAUCGUCGUAAGUUGACAGGCUGGAUUCAUUCUCAUCUCGUGCCUGAGGGAUUUCGAGUCGCUGUAGAGAAAAAGUACGGUAAUUUUGUCAUCAUUCGCUCAACGGGUGAAUAUCAUUAUGAAGAAAUGCCUAUUUAUACCCGAAUUGGUAUGCAUUUACUUUUUGGUGGCUAUUACCGAGGCAAAGUUGUUGGUACCAAUCUUAUGCAUGAACUCUUUACGAAGGAAAGUAUAAGACAAGGCAUCUACUUUAAUAAGCCAGAAUCUGUUGGGCAGAUAGCUAGCUUUGUUCAGCAUUACCACAUCGACAUGAGUGAGUACGUCUUGGGUAUUGGUGAGUACAAGAGCUUUAAUGAUUUCUUCACUCGCGCCAUUCGUCCUGAAAAGCGUCCAAUCGAUAGCCCUGAGGACGAGUCAGUAGUUGUUUCAUCAGCGGAUUGUAGAUUGAACGUAUUUAAUUCUGUUAGUGAUGCCACUGAACUAUGGAUCAAAGGCCGUAACUUUAAUUUGCCAAACCUCUUACAGAACAAUGAUUUGGCUGACAAGUUGGAUGGUGGAUCCCUUGCGAUUUUCCGAUUGGCUCCUCAAGACUAUCAUCGAUUUCACAUGCCUGCUAAGGGUACCAUCAAGAGUAUUCAAUCAAUUGAAGGAACUUAUUACACAGUCAAUCCUUGUGUCGUCGAAUCUACUGUCGAUGUCUUUACCGAAAAUCAUCGCUGUGUAGUCACUGUUGAAAGUCCUUUGGGAUUCACUUAUGCUAUUGUUUGCAUUGGUGCUCUCCUGGUCGGCUCCGUCGUCUUUACGAAUGCUUCAUUAGAUCAAGGUGAAAAGACAUUGGAAAAGGGUGAAGAGAUGGGAUACUUCCAAUAUGGUGGAUCCACCGUGAUUGUCAUAUUCCCAAAAGACACUAUCGAAUGGGAUGAUGACAUCUUGGAUCAUUCCAAACAGUCCGUAGAGACCAAGGUGAACAUGGGAGAACACAUUGGCCAAUUCAUCAUGUAAUAAACUCUUUGUGUGACUUGGAUGCUGUCUUUUAUUUUUAUCCCUUUUUUCCCUAAAACGGAGACAGUAAAAAAAAAGUAAAAGAGAGAAGAGAGAAGAAGAAGGUGUGAAAAGACACAUGAAUGAAAUCUCGCAAGAAAUAAAGAUUAUAUGUCAAAACAACAUAAUCAAGGGCAGUGCUAGAGCACCUGACAGUCACCCUUGGAGAAGUUGGAAAAUUAGAUUAGUAGCAGUGGACCAUCAGAGAGA